AUGUCGGCUCGAGUGUUUUUUUCGCCAUGUCGCUCCGCCACACUCACUCGCCGUCCUCUCGCCAGUAAUCCGUCGACAGCUCAUGACGUGCUAACACAUGGCGGAUUAACGCUAUUCGGCGAGUCGGCACGUGACGUGCACCCAUGUGGUCAUGGCAGGUCAAGAGAGAACGCUCCCCUUCACCCCACGCCGCUUCGCUGCUGCCGUUCUCUACAUCUCUUACCAUCUCCGUCUCACAUCAAGCAAUAUGUCAGGAGAUCGCACAGUUCGCACUCUCGGGAGGUUAGAUUCUGCGAAAGCUUGACGACGGGUAACCAGAGGGCCAGGGUUGGGGUUUUCACCCACUCGCCGCAGAUACCUACCCGCGCGGCGCUCCAUGGCCGUCACAUUGCCGCCGCUGACUGGUCGAGUAGAAGGAGGAUUCGUGGCACCGACUGCUCUGCGGGUAACAUUUACAGCAGAGGUGAAAGCGAGGCGGUAGACAGCAGUGGUCGACGGGGCAGCCAUCGGUGGCGCGUGCGCGUGGCAGCGGGCAGCGCGGGGGGUAGCAGCGGCGAUGACGGCGCGGGGAGAAGCCGCGGCUCAGACGGGGCCUCGCGCCCGUUGUCUGCUCCUGUGCCGCCGCUCGUUGUCCCCUCACCCGCAGCGGCGGCGGCGGCAGGGAGAGGGCAGCACGCCGCGGGCGCGGACAGGGACGAUGGCAGCGCAACUCCCGGGAGGGGUGCCGCCGCCGCGUUGAACCAGGCAGAAACCGCUUCGGAACCUCCGCCGCACGGGGGCAGUACAACAGCGGCGGGAAGAGAGGGCGCAGGCGCGGAUGCGCGCGCGGAGAGCGGGGACUGCAUCGCGGACGAAGCCGCGGAGGCAGGUCCGGAUAUGGGCGCGGAGGCGGAGGGCGGAAGCAGCGCGCGGUUCCGCGAGACGCUGCAGAUGGUGGAGACGGCGAUGCUGGCGGCGACGUCGGGGCUGGCGUUCUUCCUGGCGAACUCGCUGCGCGUGGAGGGCUACCUCGGAUUCUUCUUCCCGCUCCCCGCCGUCGUCGCCUCCAUGCGCUGGGGCGCCACCGCCGGCCUGCGCACCGCGAUAUCGGCAGCGUUUCUGCUGCUCGUCCUCGCUGGGCCCAUCAAAGCAAUCACCUUUCUCCUGCUGCACGGCUUUCUUGGCUCCACGCUCGGUCUCUGCUGGGGUCUCGGUUUGUCUUGGCCCAUCUCCAUCCUCGCCUGCACAUUUGUGCGGGCAGCAGGCGCAGUGUCCUUUGUGCUGCUCUCCUCAUGGCUCAUUCGAGAAAACAUUCUCAAACUGAUUCUCAUGAACGUGCAGGCGUCGCUGUCGCAUGUGUUUGCGGGCAUCAGUGCCAGCCUCGUGCCCUCCUUCUCGCUCAUCACCGUCAUCUUCACCACCCUCUUGCUGUUCAACUCAGCAUCCUUCUCGCUUCUCCUCCACAUUCUUUACACACUUUUCCUGCGGCGACUUGGGAUUGCAACACCAACACAGUUACCCAAUUGGAUGGAACGGUCACUGUAG